AUUUAUUGUUUUGGUGGAAGUACUGGGGAUUGAACCCAGGACCUCGUGCAUGCUAAGCGUGUGUUCUACCACCAAGCUAUACCGACCGCCUCACCCCCCUUACCCCUUAUCAUUUCUUGAACAUUUAGUGGCCGUGUUAGUUGAGGAAACCAGCAGCUGGAAGAGUUACUUGAAGCCUCUCGAAAAAAUUGGGCUGCAUCAAUUCUCUUCUCUCUGUUCUCUCAGUGCAAACUUCAAUUAGAGCACUUAACACAUUUUAUUAUGCUUUUAUCUCUUCGCAUCUCUCCCUUCCACUGGACUGAGCUCCUGGGAGGCGGGAAGAUGCCUCUGGCAGAGCUUGGCACACAGGGUGUUCACAGGCACUUGACCUCAUGCCCUGUGUUUCGCUCUACUGUUUUCGAGAAGCAACCUCCUCUUUCUCCAGUACAGUGGUUCUCACGCUGAAGGCCAGGGUGUGUGCGGGGGAGGGGUUUCCAGGGGCUAAUUCUCAGGGUUCGGUCACAACUUUUCAGAUGCCCUUUUUAUUUUACUAAAUGAAGAGACGUUGUGAAUCAUCAGUUUGGACACAUUAGCAGCACUGAUCCACUGAAGUGCUGGUGGUUAACGCUGAGUUUGGUUUUGCUCAAACAUGCCCACAGAGGCUUCCAUAGGCGUGUUUUCAGGGGUCUGAAGGUUCAUGUGGGAGGAUGUAGCUCUCAGGCACAGUUAAGAUGCCACCUUCUUGGAAAUGCCUCCCACAACGUUCCUCGUCCAGUGCGCCACAGCACUCACCACUCCACGUGAUAUGACCUGUUAGAGGAUCUCCCCUUGGGCUCUCAGAACCCGGCUCGCCCAAGGUAGACUCCUGCUUCUGUAGUAUUUUUUGCAUUUAUGGUACAGCAUCCACUGAGCUAUUUGAUAACUUGUGAAUCUGCACUCACAGUUCUGUUUCUCCUACUGGAUGCUGAGCAUCUGAAAGUCAGGGAACCUGUUCAGCUUUGUGUCCCAAGCACCCAGCACAAUCGCUCAGCACAGGAAGUGUUAACCUUAACCCUAACCCUAACAAAAAUAUAUUCUCUUUGUGCUUUAGGUUAGUUAGAUUGAAGGCUUCAGGCACAGCUGGAUCCAGGAACUAAAACAUUGUCAUUAGGCAGUCUUGUCUGUUCUUCUGUGUUAGCUCCACCCUUUGGCAAGUUCUAUGAUGGCUUCCAGAGAUUCAAUGGCUCAUCUCGAUUCUGAGGUGAAAGAAGAAUGUCUGAGGGAAGACCUGAAGUUUUACUUCAUGAACCCUUGUGAAAAAUUCCGAGCCAGACAACAGAUUCCAUGGAAACUGUGUUUGCAGAUUUUGAAGAUAGUCAUGGUCACCACACAGCUUGUUCGUUUUGGUUUAAGUAACCAGCUGGUGGUUGCUUUCAAAGAAGAAAAUGCUGCUGCUUUUAAGCACUUGUUUUUGAAAGGAUAUUCUGGCACAGAUGAAGAUGACUACAGUUGCAGUGUUUAUACUCAAGAGGACGCCUAUGAGAGCAUCUUUUUUGCUAUUAAUCAGUAUCAUCGCCUGAGGAACAUAUCCCUGGGGACCCUUGGUUAUGGAGAAAGUGAAGGCAACAGAAUUGGCUUAAAAGUCUGUAAGCAGCAUUACAAGAAAGGGACCAUGUUUCCUUCCAACGAGACACUGAAUAUUGACAGCGACAUUAAAAUAGACUGCAUUCACCUGGACCUCCAGGCCCUCUCCCAGAGCUCUCAGGACUGGAAGAACUCAUCCUUCUUCAGCCUGGAAUUUUAUCGGCUCUUACAAGUUGAAAUCUCCUUUCAACUCAAAGGCAUCGAUCUACAGACCAUUCACUCCCGAGAGUUACCAGACUGUUACGUCUUUCAGAACACGAUUACCUUUGACAACAAUGCUCACAGUGGCAAAAUCAAAAUCUAUUUUGACAGUGAUGCUAACAUCGAAGAGUGUAAAGACUUGACCAUAUCCGGAUCCAGUAACGGUUCUUCUUCCCACACGCGGAACAAGCUUGUUGAACUGGCACUCUUCGCCGAGAAAGCACAGAUUCAGAAAAAUACUCAGUAUGUCCUGGUGUUUGAUGCAUUCGUCAUUGUGAUUUGCUUGGCGUCUCUCAUUCUGUGCACAAGAUCCAUUGUUCUUGCUCUCAGGUUACGAAAGAGAUUCCUGAACUUCUUCCUGGAGAAGUACAAGCGGCAGGUGUGCGACGCCGACCAGUGGGAGUUCGUCAACGGGUGGUACGUCCUGGUGAUCACCAGCGACCUCAUGACAGUCAUUGGCUCGGUGUUGAAGAUGGAGAUCAAAGCCAAGAAUCUCACAAAUUACAACCUAUGCAGCAUUUUGCUUGGGACGUCCACGCUCUUUGUCUGGGUUGGCGUCAUCAGAUACUUGGGUUAUUUCCAAGCCUACAACGUGCUCAUUUUAACGAUGCAAGCCUCACUGCCAAAGGUUCUUCGCUUCUGCGCGUGCGCUGGAAUGAUCUAUCUGGGGUACACCUUCUGCGGCUGGAUUGUCCUCGGACCCUAUCACAACAAGUUUCAAAACCUGAACACAGUUGCUGAGUGUCUGUUCUCGCUGGUCAACGGUGAUGACAUGUACGCAACCUUUGCCCACAUCCAGCAGAAGAGCCUCUUGGUGUGGCUGUUCAGUCGCCUGUAUUUAUAUUCCUUCAUCAGCCUUUUUAUAUACAUGAUUCUCAGCCUUUUCAUUGCACUUAUUACAGAUUCUUACGACACCAUUAAGAAAUACCAACAGAAUGGGUUUCCUGUAACGGAUCUUCAGGAAUUCCUGAAGGAGAGCAGCAGCAAAGAGAAGUGUCAGAAGGAGUCCUCAGCCUUCCUGUCCCGCGUCUGCUGCCUGAGGAGCGCAGGAGGAAAAUCUGCUGUUCUCACCGCCACUGAGACGGCUUUGUCGAAGGGAGACCGAGGGUGGACAGCUCCUCAAAAUUGCCAAAAGCAUGCAGUCAAACUACAAAUAAUAAGUAGAAGUGAUGACCACUUGAUCCUUGUUAACUGAAGUUCUUCUGCUGAAGAUAAUCAAGUUUCAGGUCUCUGUGUCCAGUGAAAUGCAGAGGGACUCCAAAUGGCUUGGACCAGCACUUCUAAAAAUACUGAUUGCAGAGUGGGAUAGAGGACUGACUGUCAGCUGCCUGAAUAGAACUGAAGUCCCAAAGUUCCUUUUUAUAAACGUGGAUGAUGAAGAAUAGACCACGAUCAAAUACUGGGCCUUAGUGUGAUGGAGCAGUGACACUGAAGUUCUGUAUCAGUCUUCUCAUUUACGACAUCACGGUGUUGGGAUGGGGAAAAAAACACAUUUCAGAGUGUGUAAAACAGUGACAUUUAAAGAUCUGAGUUUAUCAUCAAGUAAGGGCUUGUUUUAAAAGUGAUUCUUGGGUUAGAAGACAUUUGUUAAUUUGUGGUCUGCACAAAAGUAAAAUUGGUUUCAAUGCCAAUUUAGAAACUUGAAGCUUGGAGAACUAUUAAGCCAUUUAAAGAUUACACUUAAGUCAACAAAAAGACCUCUUGCAGUGGACAUUUCUUGGUCUGUUUUCCUGUGGCCUUCUUCUUCAGCGUGACAUGAAGAAAAUGUCGGCAACAGUGGGCUGAAUUGGAAACAGGGUCAUUUGGACACCUCGUCCCUUGUGCUAAGUGUUGACUGUACACACAUGACAUGUGGACGUUAGAGUUUAGCGGUCGUCUCUCGUUUUAACAACUGAACGCCACUGGGGUGGGGGUUUACCCUUGUCAAGCAAGAAGAGAUGGUAUUUUUCUCCUAAAUAAAUUAAAUUUAUUUUUAUCAUAACACAUGGAGCUACUACUA